AUUUACCGUGAUGUACGUAACCGCGUACACGGGAUUCGUUUCGGUUUUUGCAUCGUUGAAUUGGAGUGGUGAGGUAUGCACGAGGCGGGUUGCGAUGGUGCCGGUAACUGUGCUUCGCCGCCAACGCGAAAUCUGUGAUUUUCAUUACAUAUACUAAUUUAAUACCGAGAUUAAAUACAUCGAAUAACAAGGAAACAUGUGACUAAACUCCUUGCAAAAAUCAAGACUUACAAAAGAAUGUAAAUAUGGCAGAAGGUGGAACAGAACCAAAGUCCAAUGACAAUCAAGUAUCUAAACAUCAGUUAGAAGUAAACGAGUGUCUUGGUAAUUGGCUAGUGUACUUACAGAUGCUCAAUGGCCUAUGCACUGCCGGUACAAAGUUGGCUCAAUCGUUGCAAACACUUUUGUCUGUUCACGAUACAGUGGCUCAAUGCCGAUUAACUGGACAAUGUCUUGCUGGAUGGGAAGAGCUCACGAGAGCUACGUACAUAGCCAGUAAUACCGUAAGAAAUCAUAUUAUUGCUGCAUUAAGAGAUCAUGAAACUCGAGAAAGUGAAGCAGAUAAACAUGACAUACUUAGGGAUAAUUUGUUAACUUUCAUAAACUUGCAAUAUCAGUUUUGCGUUGCUUGCUGUGAAUGCCUAGGUGGAAUGGCAGAAUGCUCUUGUUCUCAAAGCGGCGCAGCUGAAUGUGACAUUGCUUCUCUACAACAAUGUUUUGAAAGACUGUAUAGUUCACCGCUACCAGUGUCUUCGUCGUCGACACAGCAGUCUGUGCAAAAUUGUCAUAGAUCACCUUUACCAUAUCCAUUGUUUCCUCUGCAGGUUCAGAGGAGAUGGUCUGAAACGGCAGCCGCAGAAAUGUCCGGCGAAGUCUCGGAAAAUCCGAUAAGAAGGUGGUCUAUGCCAUGGGAUUGCCGAAAUAUCACAGACUGGCCACGACAAGACGAUAGAUCUCGAUUAAGGGUUCCUCAUCAAGACAGAAGUAGAUCAACCACGCCUGAUACAAUAUGGAAGACAUCCACCAUGGCUAGUCAGGAUGGCUUACAGGAGGCAAUUCAAUUGUUAUCUUGCAAACCAGGAGUUAGGCCUUUAAAUCAAUUAACCGCUUACACUAAUCAACAUAUACCUGGUGUCACUUUAACAACGUGCAAUUUCGAGACAAAUUAUGAUUCAACAAUCUGGCCAGGAUCUCGCAAAGUAGGUUCAUCGAGAUGUUGGCCGCACGAUUCUCACUCAAGCGAUCAUUCUGAUCAAUCGGGACGCCGCGAAAGCGAUCAAAGUGCACACAGUGGAGAACACAGAGAUUCGGAACAAAGUGGAGCCAGUGGUAGCCAUGGAGACAGUAAAGAUAGUAUUCAUUCUCAUAGCGACCAUAGAGAAGUCGAACCCGGUACUGCAGACGUAUUACCGUCCCGUAAAAGCAGCUCUUCAACAGACUCUUGCAUAUCAGCUCAUAGUCGUUCAGGUUCUGAGAGCGCCGGUGGUGGGGAAUGCGCGAGGUCUCAGUUAUACUCGAUGUGGAGUGGCAGCGAUUUGCCGUUCAUUAAAUUGCCAGAAAGCAAUGAAACGCAGGACGAACAUCCGCCCGUGUAAACACUCGACAUUGGUAAAUGAAUUUUAUGCUUUUUUUUUUCGAACGCUAUCGUUGAUUUAUAAGAACGAUCAAAAUCGUUCUGACCAUUAUUAUAUUAUAAGCGUGAUUCAGUAAUGCGCGUUAAUAGUGCGUGAAUAAUGAAUUAAUGUACGUGAUCGUUGAAAAAAUACGCGUGAAACGCGACAUCUGAUCAAUAUAACAAACGUAGAUUUGAA